AUGGGAGUACGGUCUCGACAGAGACCUCUUCCACCUGGUCAAGAUGACGUUGCGCCGGAGCAGAAUGAAACCGUUCGGAAUCAUCCGACUGAAGACCAUCUGCGCACCUCAAAGCCGUCGAAGGCACGCAUCACCACAAGAAUACUCAGCAAGAUUCGGAGCAUCUCAUCGCGAUUGGGCUCUGCCGAGCCCCAACAUCCUUUGGUGGAUGCUAUCAAGGCAAACACCCGAAACACGAACAGUCGCAAGCUCACACAAGCGCUGGAAAAACUGGUGGAUGCAGCCGACAACGGCGAUGAUACUUUAGAUGCAUGUACAAUAGAAGCAAUUGUUCAUGCCAAGCUUGUGCAGUCCUUUGCAAUGUGGCGCAUGAUGUGCAAAGCCAAUCUUGGAUGA